CCCUCGCUCGGGGAGAGGAGAGAGGGACGGCACCGCGGCGCGCCAAGCGGUAAAUCGUAGCUAGCUAGGGAUGUUCACGGAAGGGCUAGAUCACAGCGCUCUCCAGUGGGUUCGCCAGGUGGAGAGCUUCAGGGAGGAUCUGGAUUCGGCAUUCGAGGUAGAGGAAGAAGAAGACGAGUAUGUGUCCACGGAUGUAACCUUCGACGGCGAGGCUACUGCGGCAGCAGCAGCCACUACAUCCACUGCUUCUUCCGAGUUUGAGAAUGCAAAGAUCUCGGCACUUGACCAGGUAGAAGAAGAAGACCAAGAAGAAGAGUCUGCGUCCACGGAAGUAAACUUUGAUGGAGGAGCAAUACAUUUCGAUGGAGAAGCAGUGAAUUUCGACGGAGAAGCAGUAAAUUUCGAUGGAGGAGCAGUAAACUUCGAUGGAGGAGUGAAUUACGAUGGAGGAGAAACAGCAGCAGCGGCAACAGCGACUACAACAGCACCAACAGCAGCUUCUUCCGACUUUGAGAGCACAAAGAUAUCAACCCUUGACAGUGGCCACGCUGCAUGGCAAGCGAUCAUCGCCUACGAGGCUUGCAUUCGCCUGUGUCUUCAUGCCUGGUCUCGAGGCUGCGCCGAGGCUCCCGAGUUUUUGCGUGACGAGUGCAUUCUACUCCGGACAAGUUUCGGAUUGCAACAACUUCUUCUACAGCCGUACGGGGAAUCGUCGGCCAAGGAGUCGCAAUAUGAUGUGGACGCUCGAUCGGGAUCGAAAGCAAAAGCGACUGUUGGGAAAGUCAAAGUGCAAGUUCGUAAAGUGAAGUUGAUUAUGAGGAUGCGUUCCGGAUGCCAGUUUCCAUCUCUCGCCGAAACCUUUUCCAACGUUUAUUCUGUGGGUAGACGCUCUUCUAACAAACUUUGGUCGGGCUGGGGGGCAGUGAGGAAGAUUCGCGUCAUUCCUCGUCAACCGUUGCGAGCAAACAGCAUGCAAGGGCCGUCAAACGUGCAAAACAGCGGCUACUUGAAUACUGGAGCACAGUAUAUGAGACAGGUUUCCGGGCUGUUGAAAGCUGGAGUAAACACCUUGCGCAGUGCGUCGCUCCUAGAGUCACAAGAUUCGUAUUUCUGCGUGCUGAAGCUGAGAAGCUCUCCCGAAAGUGAGGCUGUCCGCGUGCAACCUGGUGGUGGAGAAGUGUCCAUCUUCCACCCGGAAGUUACAGCGGAUGAGUUGCUAGUCGAAGUUUCUGACUGCAAAGGAUCCUUACUUGGUCGUGCUACUGCUCAGCUCUCAGCUACGGAUGAGAUGAGCGAACGUGUGCGGUGGUGGCCAAUCUAUAACGAGCCCGAUCAUGAAUGCGUUGGAAAACUGCAGCUGUUUAUCAGCUAUGUUACUACAUCGUCGGAACUAGGCCCGGGAAAGUGGGGUGCCGUAGGGGAGACUGUCGCUUACGACAUUGUUUUGGAGGUUGCUAUGAAAGUGCACCAAUUUGGACGGCGAAGGCUACGAUUGUAUGGGUCCUGGCAAUGGCUUCUGUGCGAGUUUGCUGUGUAUUACGGUGUUUCAGACAUUUACACGAAACUGAGGUACCUUGCAUGUGUCAUGGACGUGGCCACGCCUACCGAAGAUUGCCUAUCAUUGAUUUAUGAGCUGUUGAUUCCUAUUAUCACUGCGAGGGAUGAGAGUGAGCUUAAUCGACAGGAGAAACGGAUUUUUGCAGAUGUUGAAGAACAACUUUCCCAACUUCUGGCUUUUGUUUUUGAGAACUACAAGUCUCUCGACGAGUCAUCACCUUCUGGUUUUCUAGAUUUUUUCCAGCCGCCGUCUGGUGUAGCUGCACCCAGUCUCUCACCGGCAGUGCAAGUUUUUACCUUGCUGAACGACAUACUCUCGACAGAAGCGCAAGCGACGCUUCGUAAUUACUUCCAGACUGCUGCGAGGAAAAGAUGCAAGCGACUCAUGGCGGAAACUGAUGAAUUUGUUGCGACUACAAAUGACGGGUUUUUGGCGGAUCCCCUGUCACUUGCCACCGCAUACCUUAAAAUGAAAAAUCUGUGCUCUUGUGUUAGCGCAGAGAUUGCCACGGACAUGGAAAUCCACAACCAACAUGUACUUCCAAGCUCAAUUGACUUGCCGAACAUAACGGCGAGCAUCUACAAUGUGGAGGUUUGCAAUCGGCUCCGAGCGUUUCUGGUCGCCUGUCCCCCUUCGAGCCCAUCGCCACCUGUUGCAGAUCUACUUAUCGCGACGGCUAACUUCCAGCGUGACUUGUCGUCAUGGGGUGUAAAGUCUGUCAAGGGAGGUGUGGAUGCAAAAGACCUGUUUCACCUCUACAUUGUUCUGUGGAUUCAAGAAAAAAGACUUCAAUUAUUGGAAGUCUGCAAAUUCGAUAAAGUGCGCCUAGCUGGUGUAACAACUCAACACGGUACUGCGCCUUUCGUUGAGGAGGUUUAUGAAAGAAUGAAAGAAACACUAAGUGAGUAUGACGUGAUUAUCAGCCGCUGGCCAGAGUACACAUUUGUUCUAGAGAAUGCGGUGGCUGACGUCGAAAGGGCCGUCUUAACUGCAUUGGAGAAGCACUACGCGGAUGUUCUUGUGCCGUUGAAAGAAGUGAUGGUACCAAAGAAGUUCACUUUGCAAUACAUGCAGAAGCUAGCAAGGCGGAGGUCUCUGACACUAUAUAGUGUGCCUAACCAGCUCGGAGUUGUUCUCAACACAAUAAAGCGGUUGUUGGACACAUUGCGUCCAAAGCUAGAGACGCAAUUGAAAGCAUGGGUUGCAUGCCUCCCUGUUGACGGUGCUUCUCAUGGAAAGAUGGUCUUCGGGGAGCGGCUGAACGAAGUGACGGUCGCAUUGCGAACGAAGUACAGGAGUCUACUCCAAGCAAUUGUGGAAAAGCUAGCAGAUAACGCGCGGCUUCAUCCGAGCACCAAGCUGAAAAGGAUCUUGGAAGAUACAAGAGAAGCCGCUGGAGAAUCCGAUAUGCGAGAACGCAUGCAACAUCUCAACACUCAGCUUCUUGAAACAAUCUCACAUCUUCACGAAGUGUUUACUACACGAGUCUUCGUUGCCGUUUCUCGAGGUUACUGGGAUCGGAUGGCGAAGGACGUGCUUCAUUUUCUGGAGAACCGAAAGGAGAACAGGUCGUGGUACAAAUCCUCGUGCUUUGCUCUUGGGGUUUUGGACGACAUCUUUGCAUCGCAGAUGCAGCGGUUGCAAGGGAAUUCUCUUCAUGAAAAAGACUUGGAGCCUCCUCGAUCUGUGAUGGAAGCACGCUCGAUGCUCUCCAAAGACGUACGUAACGGGCUCGACUCAUCCAGCUACUUGUUUUGAGGCUACUAACUAGUGUUGCUACUGCCUCAUUUUUGUGAGAAGCUGUUCCUGGACCAGCUUCUCUCUGCUAUGUACAUAGCCGACGAUACUUCUUUCUUGAAUAACAUGAACUGAUGAGUCCAUCGCAACUA